GCUGCUAGCUUCAAUUAGCUUCAAGCUAACGUUAACUCAACGCUGUGGUCGAGCUGCGUUCCUGUUAAAACAGUUGUUUUAAAGUGCUGACAUUUGUCCUCCAUUGUUUAAUAAACCUCAGCUUUGAGACAACAAGUUGACUCUCCUGCUAAACCCGAUCCCUCUGUCACCUUGGCUCUGGUCCUCAGUCUGUGUGUGUGGGUGACCCUGGCUCCGUGCCAGUCCUCCAUAGAUGAAGAUGUCCCUGGCCCAGCGAGUGCUCCUCUCUUGGAUCUUUGCCCUGAUCUUCCUCAUCAUGCUGGUCCUCAAGCUGGACUCCAAAAUCCACUGGAACUGGUUCCUCAUCUUCCUUCCUGUUUGGACGUUUGACACCAUCCUCAUCCUCAUGCUGAUAGUGAAGAUGGCAGGCCGCUGCAAGCCGGACUUUGACCCCCGAGAUGGUGAGCAGAGUGUCAGGAGGAGGCUGUGCUACCUGACAGCCCUGCUGCUGAAGCUGGGCUUCUGUCUGACUCUGUGCUCCCGCCUGGAGAGGCUCACGGACACGUGGAUCAGCGUGGUGUGCGUCCCUCUGUGGGUGCUGCUGGGUGGAGCGCUGGUGGAGCUGGGGCGCAGUGUUUUCCACCACAGGAGGGACUGAGGGUCAGGACUGAAUGAGAGGACAAAAACUUUUUACGGUCAAGCAUCUCUGACCAAGGAUGCAUCACUGAAAGUCAAAACCUUUACUAUAGGAUCGUCUGGUCGGUGUUACUGUAGAGUCGCUGGGUUAGGGUUCCAGUGGGUUCUACACUGUGCAGGUUUUGAAUAGGAGAGAAAGAAAACACGAUCUCGAUUUCAGGCGCUGCAGUCGGAGGGAAUUGGAUGUCGUCCUGUGAUACCAGUGGACCGUUGUACACACCAGUCCACAUGGCAUGUUUCGAGUCACUUUGAUUUGACAUUCACGUUGCAGCCUUUUGGUUCACCUUUAUUCUACAGUAGAGAAAGAAACUGGCUCAGGUGAGAUCAGGUCCAAAUCACAGAUGAUCCAGACGAGCUCCUAGCUACACAAAAUGUCGUUCAGCGCUUCACUGAGCCAUAUCAUAUCUGUGAAGCUAUAUUUACAGAUAUUGUGUUUCCCAAAAAGCCCUCGAUCAGCAACACAAUUUGAAUGUAAAUUAAGAACUUUUACGUCUGUAUGGAUUAAACGUUAUUUGCACUUUAAGAACUCCAGUCGACAUCCUUGUGACUGCACGACAUGAACAGAUGAAAAUGUCACAUCGUUUCCGUACAUCAAGUUUGAUCCUGAUAGAAACUUCUGGGACGUUUCAGGUCUUUGUAAACUCAGCCUGUCACUCCCAGCUCAACGUAAGACAUUUUAACAGGUCGCAGUCGGAACAACACGAGUGUAAAUGCCAAAAAUAAUGAUAGCUGCAUUCCGUUUCGCUGCUUGGAUUUCAGGGUCCUGUUUCUGUUCGUAGCGGCUCACAGCGACACCAGAAUACAAGAAGGUAAUCUUAGAAGUUGCUUUUUAAACUAUUGCACAUUAAAAUGCCUGCGGUGAAAAAAA